CCAAAAGGUGCUUCAGGAAUUCUUUACUACAGCUAAAGCUUCUAUACCCAAGAGGUCACUUCUUACCAGACACCUCCACAGGAACUGAUGCAGAUAUAUAAUUGAAGUGACCACAACAACUUUGGCUCUCAACGCACAUUACCAUUUUGGGUUUUCCACUCUUAUCCUCAGUAAUGCAGGCUUUGAUAUGUGUGAGUUAUGAUUUUAUUCUCUUCCUGCCUUCCUCUCUCCUUCUCCUUGUCCUGUGCUCUCACUAAUAUCAAGAAUCAGAGGGCACGACUAAAAAUGCUAAUAAACAGGAAAUCCUACUCUGGAAUAUACUGCAUGCAAUCUUAAAUACUGCAGUUACUGAUAACUGCUGUUCUUUUCUAGGUAAGACAUGUUCUGGAAGAUAUCACAUGAAACACUUUCUUUGUCCUACUGAGUUGUUAAUGUGGUGUUUCAGACUAUCUUAUAGCUCAGGAUUGCCCAAACUGAGGAGUGAAAUUAGUAAGGUUUUUUUGUCACUUCUUUGUUGCCUCAGAAGAUUUUGGAUAGUACAGAAAGGAGAGAGAAACUAUGACCUGGGGCCGUGUGCAGAAACGGGAUCCGAAAGAAGGCAAAGGAAGAGCUGGAAGGCGUUUUACAAACUAUGCUGAGGCUGGGCUGUGAAGUGGUGCACCCUCUUAUUCAGGUGCAGCAGAUCAUAUCUGGCAAUAACCUUACUGCAACUUGCUUUUCAGAAUUCUUCCCUUAAUGUAAUUCAACAGUUCAGGUGCUUUGCUUUUUGUCUUGUAUAUCUUAUGUAAAUUAUCUUUCUGGUAAGCGUUCCCAAUCUUGAUAUUACAACCCCUUCGUCAGUGCAGGUAUAGUGCUUUGUUAGCCUUUUAUAUUAAAUGUCAGCUUAUCCUAGAAAGAGAUUCCAUGAUAAUAUUGACUUUCCAGACACCUAAAUAUAGACAAAUUAUUGUUGGGACUACCUAGCAAGUAAAUCACAAAGGUAGAACUCUGCUCCCAAGCUUUUUAUUGUAGUGCUUUGGGCAUAAGAUCGUCCUUCCCUCUUUGCAGAGAAGACCAAGAGAAAUAAAGUAGUUUUCCAUUUCCCCAUAGCCCUUGCAGCUUGUCCUGCUUGAGUGAUAGGUGUGAUUCCCUCACUUAAAUGAGGGAUCACUGAACACAAGGUUCCCGCUUUCAUUGCAGCCUUAGCAGAAAGCAUACUUCUGACUGAGUUGUACUCACAAAGCUUUUAAUUUGUGUUAUUUCUUUACCAUAUGGCAAUCUAUCAAGAUGGCACAGCCUUCAAAGCUCUUUAUUAGAGUAGUACUAUUCAGUGUUCCAUAUGGACUAAUCAUUGCAGAGAUAGGCUGUAUCAUCCAAGGCCAUGACUAAUUUUUUUAUGGUUGCCUUGAAAUGUUACUUUAGCCUCUUUCAGUAGAUAGUGCUAUUCCGGAGCACUAUUGGUAGAAGAGCUGAUUGUGUUAUCUUUAAGUGAAUGGUGCCAAUGGAAUGGUAUGUGAGGCAGGGCAGCUGCAAAUUCAUCCUGAAACACAACCAGUCUUGAAAUCCUAUCUCUACUCCACUGACCCAUGCAGGCUGACUUCAUACUGUUGACGGACCACGCAGGUUGCGUCAAUGCCUGAAAUGUAACUACUUCCAGGCAGUUGGGCAGAUUCUGCCUUUAUGACUGAUGGCGUUUUACUAGAAGCAGGAGAGGAGUUACUGUGCUUUGCUGUUCUGUGGCAGGCCCUGUGAGAAUUGAGGAGAAUGUGCUGGAUCCUUGGAUCGAGGUGAAAUGUGGGUGCUGACUGCCAACAUCAUUAUCUAGCACUCCUCUCUCUGUCUUUUCACAAUAAAAGAGCCUAGCAAAAACCUAUGAUGUUAGUGAUGGCCUAUUUCUCCUGCUCUCUGUAUGGUGCAUUGCAUUUGCUUUUUUUUUUUUUUUUUUGAGGUCUUUUAUUAGAGCUUUCUGGAUUGAUUGGGAAACGUACUGCAGCCUUGGAGUAGUUGGUAGAGAGGCAGUUCUGUGCACCUGUGCACGCCUUUUCUAUGGCUGGCUGUGGAGGACUGAACUCAGUGGGUCCUUCUUGUACCUUUAUUCCACGUUAGCUGAUACAGAGAUGUUUGAUUUUCUCUUCAUGCUAAAUGAAGACCCAAGGUGUUUCUAAAUAGCUAUUAAAAAAAAGUGACACUGUAUUUCCCAAGGAGUUAACUUUCUGCCAACAUUAAGUAGCACCAGCCCAGGCUGGGUUUCUCAGCACUACCAGAAUCACUGGUUUUUGUUUUAAGAGAGAUGGGAAUACAAGACCUGCUCGAAGUCUCCCAUCCCUGCCCAGUAUCCUUUCUCCUGUGUAUGGGAUAAAAGUGGAGCUCCUCCAGAACCUGUUGUCCAUGGGAUAAGAGAUUCCUCCCUUGACGAGAAUUUCCCAGCAAAGCACACUUUCAAGUGUUAUGCUCUCAGACUUUCAGGCAGGAUAGUGUCGUCUUCGUGACAGACGCAGUUGAGUCCUAAGGGCUCAUUUCCUUUAGCUUUGUCCCUUACACUCACAAGUGUGGUCCCAUGUGUAAUUUUACUUUGUGUCCCGUGGUCUAAAAUGCCCCACAAGAUGGAGCUGCCACCAUCUCUGUAGGGGGGCUGUGCUACACAGCCUAUCAUUGGAAAAUAUUUCCCAAGAAUCAAUCUCCCUUCUUUUGCUAAGUUCCUGCCAUUACUACUAGUUAACAGUUCAAGAGGGAGAUUACCUUUUUCCUUUUUUUGUGCUGGAUGAAAGGCACUCUUCUGCAAGAGCGAAGAACAGUGUAUAACCCCAUGUGUGGUUAAAGUCCACAGCAAGAAAUUAGCUGUUUUCCUUUCUCCUCUUUGUACUGUGCUGGGCUUAUCUGGGUGUCUGAGUUAUGUUAAGUAGCGGGUGCAUGCCUGCCCUCUGUUCUCCUCACUGCUUUUGCUCCUUGGAUUUCAAUUCCAAACAUGGUUAUCCAGUUGGGGUCUCUCCACUUUCCGUUGCCAAGUGAUAUACAUUCCAAAUUCAACACAAGCUCCCUCUGCUCUGCUCCCCUCCCCGCCCUGCUGCUCUCUCACAGUCUCUGUUUUCACUGCCAGAGGGCUGGAGAGAGAGACGGUGCAACAAGAUCUCUACCCAGUCCUCUCCUCUAUGAGUUUUCCAGCUAAUGGCCUCCAUGCUUUCUUUGACUGAGCUCUUUGGUCUUGUAUUUGCCAGCUCCGUUCGGUACUGGCGAAGGCUAGUGUAGGGGCCAGCCGCCAGUUUGUGAGCUGCAAAGAGGAAAAGGAAGCCUUUUGGGAUUUGUCAGAAGUGAAAAACAUUCAGAGGCACUUUACUGUGUCGCUCUGAAGCACGCUGCUGUGGGACCGGCCGGCCAGCGCUCAAGAGAAGGAGGAGGAACAGCUACCCGGAGGCUCUGGUUUCAGAUCUCUGCAGGCUUUCUGUAUGACAAUUCAUUUGUAAAGCAGGAAGGACAGGGAGGGUGGGGAGCGGGGAAGGAUGAGUGGAAGCAGCCUCUCCUGGGACCAGGCCAUUCUCCAGCCCCCUGUGUGCGAUGCCUGGAAGGAGCACAUGGAGGGAGCAGCCUACCAGCUGGCCAGUUGCAUUGUCCUCCUGGGGUACAUGGGGGGAAGUGGCAUCUUUGGCUCCCUCUAUAUCUUUGGCCUACUGGCCCCAGGCUACUUCUGCUAUGCUCUGUGGGGCUGGCUGAGUGCCUGUGGGCUGGAUAUCUUCAUCUGGAACAUGCUGCUUGUCCUAGUCUGCUUGCUUCAGCUGGCUCACCUGGCUUACCGGCUCCGCAAAGACAUCAUCCCAGAAGAGUUUGACCUUCUCUACAAGACCAUGUACCUGCCCUUGCAGGUGCCUCUGGAAGUCUACAAAGAAGUUGUGAAGUGCUGUGAAGAACAAGUCCAGUCAUUAGUCAGAGACCAGAAUUACGCAGUGGAGGGCAAGACGCCCAUUGACCGCCUCUCCUUGCUGCUGUCUGGCAGAAUCCGAGUGAGCCAGGAUGGACAAUUCCUACAUUAUAUAUUUCCAUAUCAGUUCUUGGACUCUCCAGAAUGGGAGUCACUACGACCCUCUGAGGAAGGAACUUUCCAGGUCACGCUGACAGCUGAGACCGACUGCAGUUUCGUCACCUGGCCAAGGAAGAAGCUGUAUCUCCUCUUGAGGAAGGACCGCUAUAUUGCCCGCCUCUUCUCAUCGCACCUUGGCUAUGACAUCUCGGAGAAGCUGUACUCCCUCAACGAGAAGCUCUUUGCCAAGUUUGGCCUUCGCUUUGAUAUCCGCUUGCCCAGCCUCUACCAUGUCCUGGGACCAGCCUCCUCAGAGGCGGAGGGGGAGCUGGAGGAGUGUGGGGAGCUGCCAGCUCAACCUUCACCUGACUGUAUCCAGACCAGCAUCUCUGAGCCUCCUCCGCAGCCACCACUGCCUCCGCCUGCUCCACACCCCAGGGCCUCCCGGCCUGAUAGUGACCUGCUGGGUGAGGACUCUACCAGUCUUGUCUUGGAAGAUUUUGCUGAGUUGCCAGGGUCUUUUAUGGACUAUGUGAGCGAAGGGGAGUAUAUGAAGUGAGGGCACUCCUAGCACGGGCACGCGUCACCCUGUGUGGGAUUCCCGUGUAAGUACUCGCUUGCAGAAGCAAGUUCUUCCAUCUCCGCCUGGGCCUUCACAAUGCAACUGUGCAAAGCUUAGCGCUAACUGCCUGGAAGAGAUGAGGCCUAACACCCCCCAGUGUCUGGCCUUAUUUGCCAUAGAUUUGAUUCUUUGCAAACCUGAAAAAAUGACAGAAGUUCAGGUGGCUUCCUUUAGGUCCUGCAGGGCCGAGGUACAUACAGUGAGGUGCCUGACAACCCCAGAAGGAAAUUGAAAGCAGGUGACUUGUAGGCCUUAUCAGUUCCCUGCUGGGUAGUUUCCUGCCACAGAAUAGUUUAACUAGCACAGGACACUGUCUAUGGGUAUAGAGAUGGGUCUAUAAUUAGGUAUCAACCCUGCCCCUCCUUUUUUUUUUUUUUUUUCUUUCAUGGAAAUCACCCAAAAUAACCUCAGGAUUACCAGAUGUACAUACUUGGUCAUAAUUAUGCUAGCAAGGUUUGUGUCACUGCUGUGAGGGUUGCUGUGCUGCAGCAUUUUUCAUUUGCUUCCACAAAGAAUCCCAGGAGAUGUGCUGGAUCUGUGUGAUUUUUCUUCAGGAAGAGUAUGGUAAAGACUUAAUUCCAGGCAUCAGUCAAAUAGUAGGGUGGAAGAAGGACAGGUAACUUGACGAAAGGCAACUAUUCCCUGCCAUGUCUUCUCUCCGUGUCUCUGGGGACGAAAAGGAGCCAUAACAGUGUCCAGACUGGUGGGUGGUAUAUGAGCGCCCACAGAGACAGCACCGGGUUCAGCCUGGCUUGCUGUGAGGUGGAGCUGAGCCUGGAGAUACUCCAGUAUUGAACCAAGGAAGACUGUUGUAGACAACAGAGCAGACAACCCAGGUGAGGCUGAUGUUGAUUAACAGUUGCGGCCGCUGUACUUCUUGCAAGUGCACUAUCUGAGCAGCACAGAGAGAGCUCAGGGUCCUUCCUCCCCCUGCCCAUGAUGGCAGACAACAGCACUUGCUCCGUCCUCCUUGUUUCUUUUGAGUUUUGGCUCAGCCAAAUCAGUAAGGCAUUGACAAGACUGCCCUGCGUGGAAUAGCUGUUAUUUCCAGUGACCCUGCGUGGGCUGACGAGUGUUGUUUUAACAUGUCCCAUGCUCCCCUGUGCAAGUCCACAGAGAAAGUACUGCAGAAAUGUUCUCCCUGUCUUCUGGUGAGUGGGAAUAACAUGCUCUCUUCUAAAAUGCCAGCUCUUACUCUGCAAGGGAAAAAUUUCUGGGCCUGGUUGGGGCAGAUGAGCAAUACAGGCGAACAGAAAUAGAUGGCAGGGUGACUCGUGCUUGAAAUUCUGAUUCAAAUGGCCAAGAGUUAAAUUCCAUGCUGAGCUACUUUUAGCCAGCUGCUGCACACCAGCUGCUGCAUGCCAGCUGCAGUCCUGAACGUGCAUUUCUGUUGCUGUCCUCUGAUAGCUGCUUUCUGGCAUCCAGUGGCCAGACACCGAGCCUGGGCCUAGGAUUUCUGUCCAGGAAGUGACCACUGCACCAUGGCCAGUGGGUGGGUCUCCCUUGCAUUCUGCAGGCCCCCAUUGCUUCUUGAUAGGCAGUCCCUGCACGGGAGAGCUGAGAUUGUCCCCCAGCAGGGAUCCUUGAAUACUGUGCACCCCAGCACCCUGGCCUUCCCUGCACUAAGCUGAGGCUGCUGCUGAGUGGGCUUAAGAAGUGGGGAGAGGGCCCAAAGCUGUACUGCAACUGCUUGGGUCAUGGCCUCACUGGAGGGCAACAUGAAACAGGAGACACUGACUCCUAGCAUAAGCCCUGACAAGUCUGCAGGAAUCUUCCCUGCUCUGCAGGCUUCGCUGCUCUAACAGCAAGGGGACUGUCCCUCCUAGGGGGGGGUCUGAAUGAAAAGGAUCUUUGGAUCAGAUAGCAGUUGCUAUAUGCAAUAGGCCUCUGGUGGGAGAGGACUUGUUGUCUGUUUCCUCAGUUAUUGUUCUUAGCUUUUGAAAACGAAUUGGAAGAUCUUCGUGUUUUGUACCGUUCUGCUUUGCGCUGAGUCACACCUGUUCCUGUACUGCUUCCAUGCCUCCAAACUUUAAAUCUGGGAUAUGAAAGAACGGGCUAGAAAAGAAACAAAUGUAUCUGGUUUUCCCUGACUUGGAUGAAAGGCUAGCCAGAGGUGUUUGUUUUGGGGAGUUUGUUUUUGUUUUUGUAAUGAAAGGCAGAGAAGGAGGGGGAACACAAGGAUUAUUCCUCCUUUGUUUUCUAGCUUCGAAGUCCUAGGAAUGUCAUGUCUGACCAGUCCCUGUUUUGCUGGUAGACUGCUUAGAGAUACAGAUUUGCAGCUUUCUCAGUCCUUACUUGGAGAGGAAGGAACACUGAAUCAUUUAUGAGACAGCCAUCCUCUUAACUGUCAGGCAUUUGUGUUGAACAGAUGCAAUCAAAAAUAAACACAGUGAGUGUUUUAAAUGAAGUAAAGUCACUUUGCCUAGACUUUGCUUGUAUGUGGUCUUCUCAGCAGAAGGGAUGUCCGUUCUCAGGUCAUUGGCAGAGUUCUCCUGGUUGCCCAAGCUCAACAAAAUCAGAAUUUCAAAUGAAAUUAAAAAGGGUGGGGGGAGAAGGAGGCAGAGAACACUAUAGCUUUUUUAAAUCAAACCUUUCAGCUUCCCCUUUUUGCAUCACACUGUACUGUGAAGUACUGUGAACAUACAUGCAAGAGGUGUAUUUGUGUGAGCGUGUGUGUAUUGGACAAAGCUUGUGGGACACAAUACAAAACUAUUCUUUCUUUCACACAGUCCCUUUAAAACUUGCUGGUAGCUUUUGUCUUUCUAGAGCUUGUGAAUGAAGCAGCAUCAACGUAUGCUGAUAUUUGGAGUGAAGACCUGCAAUGCAAGGCCAAAUGUUUCAGAGGCGGGCAUUUUGGGUGGGAGCGGGGCUGACCUUUUCUUGUCGAUCAGUAUUCAGACAAUAGCCUAGUGUGGUAUUUUAAUUUCUAAGGUACUUAGACAAGGAAAUGCAAACUGUUGAGCGUGGCGCUGUAGCAGAAGGUCAUUUCGUUGUUAUUCUGCUCACCUCUUAGGUAUUCCUAGGCAUGUCACCUCCCAGUAGCACAGCAUCAAUUGCCUCCAACAGUAAGUCAGUGUUAGGACAGUAUUUCAUAGUGACCUGAGCUUCUACUGACACAAAUUAGUGACAAAAAGCAGCUGCAGUUCUCUGUUCUGGCCAAGUGCUCACCACAGCUCAACAGAUAAUCUUAGUAGGCCAGCCAUGGCCCAGGGAAAGCAGUUUCAUAACCUGUCUUUUAGGAGUGACGAAAACAUUAAUAGUGAACGGGGAUAUUCCCUUCAGUCCCGUUGUUCAAAGUGAGACAUACCUGCGGUCCCCGAAGUCAGAGCUUCCCUGGGGCUUUCCCCUGUUCUCUGCUCACAGCUGCUUCCCCAGCAGCUUCUAACCCAGGAAAUUACUUUCUGCCUCUCUAAAUUCCCCUUGCUGAAGUGUUUUGAUGCAUCACAUUCCUUUUUGUUAUCUGUUGCUGCAAUAGCCACCUUGCUAUGCCAUAGUGCAGGAAAAAAUUCUGAAUGUCCAGUGCUGUACAGAUCAUGAAGACCAAGACGUGUUCUUAGGAGAUAUAGUGGCCUACUGCAUUUAUCACCUAAUUCCUUGAAAGAGUUUCUAGUCUGGUGAAGAAUAAGAUGAUAGACUGUGAUAUCCUACUGAUGAGCACCUUGUUUUUCUGAGGAGAGCUGUUUCAGUAACUUACAGGCUGCAUCUGUUAAAAUAGAUUCAAAGAUUUUGUUCAAAACUUGCUUUGACAGUGUACUGCAAUAUAAUUCAAUACUCCCUAGCAAAUUAAGCUUUAUUUCUUGAAUAGGCACUCAAACAACCAAAAGCCACCUGCGUUUUCCCCCUUCCAUAUAGCAUUUGCUCUAGUUUAUUGCUAUAGGAUGCUUGCCAGAUGCGAAACUGCUGCUGUACAGUUACAUCUGUGGGUUGGCUUUCUAUUUGGCGGGCGCAAUGUAAGGAUCAACCCCCAGUGCUUGGUGGCCUGUAGCUUGUUAUCUGAACUAGUAAGAACUGCUCUGAGAGCAAAAGCAAAGGAAUUGUGGCCUUGGUGUCACUAGUAUCAGUGAGAGGUUUGCUUUUGCUGUCUCAGGAUGGGUGUAUAGCCCCAGUUUCUAAUUUAUAACAUAUGUGGAAGAAUGAUACAAUUUUGCAUACUAACUUAAGAGAGGAGGGGAGAAGGACAGGUAACAGUGGGAUCCGUGAGGCUUGUGUCGUGGAAAAAGUUUGGAAGAUAGGUAGGAAUUAUUGCUAUGAUAAUAAUGGUGGUCUCUCUCUCUUUUUCUCUCUCUGUCCCUCUUUUUCCUUCCUCUCCACCGCUUUCCUUCUGCAGCCUCUGGAAACCUUCCUGGGAGUUACCCUCAUCCUCUCUUCAAAGGACGAGCCCCUCUGGCUCCCACUCAGACCCCUGAACUCUAGGGAACAGCAGGCUGUUUGGCUCUCAAAGCCCCUCUGGGGGGGUGUACGCUCACAUAUGUUUCUGACCACAUAGACGCACUCUAGCGUGCACAGAAACGUCUGCCCACGGACGUGUACGCUUGGGAGCACGUGAAGCACACGUGUGAGACUGCAGUGUGACACUCCAGCACCUCCCACCCCAUGGUCUGUUCACCAGAGCUGCCUGCCUCAAUGCAUUUCCCUGUUUUGUUUUCUAGU